AUGGACAAAUGCAUUUUGUCUUCUUCUUCAAUCACCCAGAGGAUAGAGCAUUCCAACACCUUUUCGGAUGUCUUUGCCAAAUUCUGCUCCAAGCAGGAAUCUUCGGUAGAUGGCUCCCGGAUCAAGAACCUCAAGGGUCAGAAAAACAGAUUUGCGUCCUUCUCCAAACCACUUGGGCGCUGCUGUUUGUUUUUGGACAGUGUGAUUUCCACUGCCAAUUGGAUUGCAGUGCAGCGCAGAGGAGGUGAGGAAGCUCAUGAUGCCCUCAGUUUUUUAGAUUUCCUCAACGAAGAGCGGUGCCUGAUGCUGUCCUUGAUGGCAGAAGCAGCUGAUGAAUGCGUCUCUCUCAUCAGAGUCUUCGACACUGAAGCUUAUGAUGUGGCAUCUAUCCAUUGGGAAAUCAGUGCCUUUGUCAACCGCCUGAACUAUUUGUUUUGUGAGGAAGGAGUGUGGGAGAUUGGCUAUGUCAAAGAAAUGUUGCAGUAUCUCCGCCGGCAGCGUGCCUUCAUUGAUUCGCAUGGAAAUCCAAAAACCCUUGGCGGCCCGAACGUCCUCAUAGACAGAAAGUCAUGCUUGAACAGAUUGCAAAUGUUUGUGAAUUUGGUGAAAUUCAGAGAUGAGUACUUUGACAUCCGGCCAAUGGCUCUGCAUGAGUUCAGCAAAGGGUCUUCAGGGGUUGAUGCCUGGCUUACGACGGUGCAGCGUCUAGAGACAAAGCAAGCCGCUGUCAGAAAAGUGCAUCCAACAUCUACAAUCCGGCAGGUCUUGAUCCGUUAUGCAGCAUGGAAUGGCCUCACAACUUCUGGUGUUGAGCAAUCUUUUUCGAAAGUGCAGCGGCAUGUGACACCUCAACGAGAUCAUAUGCUCUUGGAGACUGAGUGGGACGAAGCGGCUCUACAAUUGAACCAGACCUUGUGCACUGAUUUGCAGCUGACACAGAAGGCCGGGGAAGCUGGCAACACUGAAGCUGCAUGGAAGAGACGUAGGAAACAAAGCAUAGAUGAAGCCAUGGAGGAUGUACCGGAAAGCACAUUGGAUGAAAUUCAGGGCAAUGCCCGCAUGCUCAGCUCCCACCUUUUGUCUGAUUCCAUCUUGGCCGAGCAAUCCUUCCAGUGCGACAAGCAGCACAAGAACCGCCUGAUUGCAUAUCUUGACAACUGCCUCCUGGAGUCAGAGGUGGAUGGAGAAUUCAAGGAGGUAGCUCAAGCGUUCAAAGACGCUCAGGACAAGACGGAUAAGCUCAAUGCUGCUGCGCGGCAGAGGAAGGCAGAUCUUUUGAAUCCCAAGAAGCUGCCAGACCCGAUGUCCAAAAAGGUCUUUGUGGUAGACCCCCAGACCUUAGACGACAUGACUGAGGGUUUGCUUCGUGGAUGUUUGGUUGGAGAUCCAGAACACGCAGAUUUCAUUGUGGAAACUGACCCGGCUUCCCCACAGGACACUUCACUGUGGAGUGCCUUCAUGCUUGGCCUUUGCAUUUGCAACAUGUCUUACGUCCUCUCCCAUGGACGUGAAGGUGUUGCUUUUUCGUACGCAACAACUGUGCAGUCCAAGAGAAGCAUAUUCAUCAGCGCCGAGUUUCACCGAAAAUGGACACAUCUUGCAGAAGUCGUGCGGUUUGCUGUGGCCUCCAUUGAUAGCAAGUGGAAGGAGAUCGCCACACUGCAGGAAUUUGCAGAGCUAUCUGCUGCUUUGCUGAUCACAAUCGCCAAGCGAAUCCAGGAAGGUGCCACCCAAGCUGAACUCCGCCAGUGGCGAAAGGUGGUCUUGACUUGCGAGGUUCAGUUUGAAGCCUUGGCAACUUCAGACGAAGCAUACUUCAGAAGCGUCAACAUUCGGCGAUCUAUCAUUGUCGCCAAUGAGUCCCUGGUUCGGUCGGCCCUCCAACAGAUUCAGGAAAUUCUUGAAUUCAAACAGAGGAAGGAGUUGACUCUGGCCAAGACCUUGGAUGCGGGCACCCUACAUCAGAUGUGGAACGAUUCAGUGAUCGCAAUCUCAAGUGCCUAUACGGACGAGAUUUCUGUCUCUUGGAUAGAGGAAACAAACUACGGCAAGAAAAGUCCACUCAAUUCGGUCUACUCCAUGGACGGUUUGGCCCAAGCAUGCAAGACUGUUGAUGACAUCCGCUGGGUUUUGCUCAGUUUGAAGGAUUGCCUGAUGUUUCAGGGCUUUUCCACAGCUGACUUCUCGGUGCGGCUGUUGAUCGGGAAGAACAAGCAAAAGGGUGCCGUCCAUUUGUUUCUCUUCAAGCGGCAAUUGUUGAGCUACCUGCACACUUGGCUCAUCACUCAUGGCUUCAAAGAAGAACAGCUCAGCAUGUGGAAGGAACUUCAAGAUCAUGAUUCCUGCCGAAAGUUGUUGGGUGGUGGGGGCACGAAGGUGGACACUCAAUGGCAGAGUACCAAGAGCGAAAGCACACGGCUUUUGAUCCAGUUCAUCAAGCAGACCAUCUAUGGCAGCGCCAUGGACCACAAUAUUCGCCAAUCCAUCAAGAACACACAGGAUCCAAAGGAUGUGAUCGCUAACAUGCCUACCCUCAAGGAUGCCAUGGAUGAGAUCCUUGCAGCUAUGAAGAAGGAGGCUGGGCCUCAGUGUCCACAGGCAAGCGCAAGUGAGGAUCGGAAUGUUUCAGCUGAUGCGGCCAUGUCCACUGUGGUGGAUUUGCAAGAUUUGGUGACGAGUGAGCAGAUGAAGGAGGACAAAGAGAAUGAGUUGCCACGAUGGGUGGAGUAUCUGGAGGAAGUCUUCGACAAGUGGGUGAAGAUCAUCAUCAAUGACGCGAAAGAGCUCGCUGUCAUGAAGGAAACCCAAAAGCUGGAGUCAGGGAAUGUCAUGAUCCUAUACGACAGCAAGACUGCUGGGGAGUCAUCCUCCCAACCCAACGCACGAAUGCCUCCAUUCCGUGCGAAAAGCUUUCAGACUUGUGUGCAUGCCAUGAUGCGAGUUCGCAAAGAAUCAGAUGAGGACACAGAUGAAUCUUUGCCAAGCGGGCACUUGUUCUGUGUCUUCGAUGGGGGGCGCAGUGGGAACGAUUCUGCGAUGAUCAAUGCCUUCACCACUCCAACCGAGGGUAAGCCUGUGUCGAAGUCCCAUCAGCAGUUUCAAAUCUUUUUCCAGCAACAAAGCUUGCAGAAACGCAAGGAACGUGUGCGUGGAUUCGUGAACCAGUCGGAGUGCCUACAUGUGUUCACAAAGGAUGCUUUGGACCUCCCACAGAAGAAGAGGCUGCAUUUUGAAGACAGCACCACGCAUGGCACUGUCAUCGGGCCAUUCUCAGCGGCGCCCUAUGAUGGACCAGAUUGCUGGCGAUUGCAGCCAAGUAUCAAAAAAGCAUGCCUCGGCUCACAAGGGAAGAUCCUGGUUGGUGGAGCAGGACCUUCCGAUGCGCAGCAGAAACCGAAGUUUGAAGAUGGGGAACCCAUGUCUUGGCACAUGAUGUGCCGCGAAGUCUAUGAGGAACUGAUCCACAGCUUUGAUGAUGUUCGCAUGAUGAUUUGUCCCACCAAUUUGUGCCACUUGCUGCCCAUGGUUUGCUUGGAGAAGCAGAUUCCUGUCGUGGUUGCCUGCUUCACUGAAGAGCACAAAACGCACUUGACGACGAAGAUCCUCAAAAGCUUGUGGGCGGCGUUCUUGGAUGAGAAGAGCGCGCACUAUCAGCCCAGUUUGUGCAAGCUGCUGAACUUGAAGGUGACAGCCAAGCGCAAACUCGAGCCCGCUGUGAAGAACAUCCGGGGCAAGCCGAAGGCCAAGGCCAAGGCGGCCGCAGAGCCAGAGGAUGAUGCUGUGGAAGAUCUUGUUGAGGACACAGAGACAGGGCAAGAAGAGCCAGCUGGCAGUGCUGAUGGUGCCGGCGCCGGCAAGGGUGCUGGGAAAGGCAAGAAAGGCAGAGGCCGUGGCAGGCCAGCGCCAGCUGGCAACGCGGAAGCACGAAAGAAGCUUCUGGGAAAGCUCAUGGCCAACUUGAACAAGUAG